AUGUCCACACACUCCCGCUGGGUAGUCCUAGCCCUAGCAAGCGGCGCGUUCGCCGCCCUAAACGGCCUUUUCGCGAAACUGACAACCGAUACCCAAACAACAACCUUCUCGAAAUCUCUCCUCGCCUUCCUGAGUCUAACAGGCGAUCAUCCGACCCUGGAGAUGCUGGUUAGGGGUGUAUGA